CAAAAGCAUCGGUUUCCUGUUUACCACUUUAGGCUUAGCAUUCACCACGCGCAAUGACCCCCAUCGACUCGGAUGCUUAGCACGACAAAAGAGACGACACGUCAGUAAUCAGAUAUCUCCGCCCUAUAUGGAGAAAGCACGCACUCGCUCCCGGUACAGAAGCUGGACGCAUCACUCGCCAGCCAGAGCGCGACGCCGCGCAACUCGUCCGAUCUGCCGAGCCGGCCCAAGGGAUUGAGCCCCGCCCACUUCGCAUCGAGCCCGGGCUGCUUAUCGAGGAACUCGCGUGUCAUCCUGUGCGGCUGCAAUGAGUAUCGGGCCAACGGGUCGAAGAUGGGCUGAUCGCAACUUGGUGAUGAUGUGCCCCGGGCUGAUAGUGUUCACACGUAUACCCUUCGGCGCGAGCUCACAUGCCAUGGAGCGUCCCAUCUGGAGGACGGCCGAUUUGCUGGUGUUGUAUGCGACCCAGUGGUGAUCCUGUGGGAAGCCGUCCCGGUCAAUGCGGGUGCUCGUUCUGGUUCAAGGAUGAUGCUGCCCUGAGUCCCGAGCUUCUCCAUCUGUCUCCCCACAGCCUGGGCCGCGAAAAGGACACCCGAGACGUUCACGUCCAGAACCUGUCCCCCACUUGAGCUUACAGUGUCUACAACCAAACGCCACCCACUCUGCGAAAGUCGUCAGCCUCGUACUCCAAGCACUCGGCGCCGUGCAGGAUCCCAGCGCCGGCGACGCAGAUGUCGAUGCGGCCCUCUUUCCUGACGAUUUCCUCGACGAGAGCCCACAUCCCUUUCUGGUCCGUCACGUCGCCGCUGACGUAUUCGAGCCGCCCCACCCCGGGCAUCGCAGCGGCGCUCUCCUGGACGGUGCGCCAGUCUGCGUCCGGUGCAGCAGGGAUGUCGAGGCAGUACACGGCCGCGCCUGCCUCCGCCAGCGCCAAGGCCAUCUCGAGGCCAAUGCCACGGUGCGCGCCGGUGAUGAGCGCCACGCGGUUGGAGAGCGAGAAGAGCGAGAGCGCAGUGGGGAGGGCAGGGGCCCCUGCCAGAGCAGAUUCGACGCCGGGUCUCAGAGCCAUAGGUUCGGUAUUGUGAACGGGAGGGCCAUGGAGGUGGAGUUAUAUAUGCGCGGGUGGACUCGUGGGGAUGAAUUGCGGAUGACGUCCGAGUUGCUCUCAGCUGACGGGAGUCAGGGGAUCUCUUAGCUCCCUCUUACUCACGCAUUCAAGUGUUGGAUGCCACGCGAAGUCACUGUUCAUCGACUGCGUAUAGAGACUAUCCAAAGAUAUUGAAAGGACCUUGAUGGAUUUGUACUGAUGUAAGGUGAAGGCUUUGUGUCAUCAACUCGAGAAAGCACACACUUUUGAAGUAACAAACCACUUACAUUUUGCGGGUGCGCAUCAACUCCGUCUUCACCGGACAGAACGAAAGACACAUUCACGCUCUGCGUCUCGACUGCUUUCAAUGACCCUCUGGUAUAGUUCCUCAUGACGAUCUCAUCUUGAUUGCUUGAGCGGAGAGUUGCCGAUCGAAAAUGAAACGACCGUGGGCGAGAAUGAGCCACAUCGAACACAAGUGAGUAGCCAACCGGGCUCUAGAGCUCCGAUGCCCAGACGACAGUGAGGCUGUCAGAGACGGAUGCGAUGCGGUUGUCCGUGCAUCAUCCUGAGCAGACGGAGUAGAUCCUUGACUUCAGUCAGCUUUCAGCAGACACUGAUGACAGCUGGAGGAAGAGCCCGAGUAGCUUGAUAACAACAGUUCAGGACGAGUGGAAGAUUAGGACCACAAUCGGACGAAUGGGGCCGGUCUGUGCAGGGGACGAACCUAUCACGACGACCGGAUGGUCCAGAAGUGGUGUCUUCGCAUGAGAAAAUGAAACUCCGGGGAGUAUCCCACUACUGAACAGCAAAUAUGAGACGCUUUUUCGGCCCGUAUGUUCGGCUGCGAGACUCGAAUUUGUGUGCCAUUCGAGAUUGACUUCGACCAGAAUCUUGACCUGAGGCCACGGAGGAUCUAGCUUUGAUUCCACGUCGUGCUCCGUUGAUAGUCCAUACGCUGGCUGGCGAUAAUGAGUAGUAUUGAUAUCUCCCGCCCCGAAAUGGAGAUACCACGCAAUGGGUUAGUUCUUUCGUCUAAAAACGACGAUGUGGGUUGAUCAUGUCUUGGGUCAGGAGACGGAGUUCCAACUUCAGGGCUGGGUGAAGGUAGUAAGUGUGAAGACGGCGAGUAUGACUGAUCAGUGGGGACCGUUGGGGCGAUACAAGAGUUGCUACUAGCCCGUGAUUCGUAGGAACCAGUUUUCAAUCGCAGCAACUAACAACGCCGUCCCGGCGAGUAUCUCGACUGAGACAUCAUUCGGAGUGCACCGCAUCAGGCCAACAAAAAUAUCCCCGGUAUACUUCGCUCCUCCUGCAGCUACUAGGGCCUAAGUGGCACUGACUUCCGCAUUUGAGAAGGUGAUUUCGAAGGCGACGGCUUGCGAGGCCGAGAAUCGCUGUCCGCGAAGGACUGAUUGUGGUCCCAGCACUUCUGCAGACGGGUGGCUUGGGUGAGCUGAACAUCGGCCAUUCUUCAAGUGGCCGACCGACCUGGAAGCGGACUUGGAAGAGGAUGAUUUCGGCUUUCUCGUCCGAUCAGGAUGAUACCAUCCCUUGCAUUAUGGACCGAAUGCUACCGAUCACUCACCAAUUGUUGAUGACACACUUGGCUUAUGGACUCGUACUCCAUGCACAGCGCGACACCGUGUUCCCCGACGCGGCUGCAAUCGUGCGGGCCCGCGGGAGAUAAUCGACGGAGUUCAUCGCCGUAUGCUGAGACGCAGACUCGAUCGAAGCUCGACUUCAAGUGUGUCCGCGGGCUCGACGUGACGGCUUCUCCUUCCGCGAUAAGCUACCAAGGCCUACGCGUCCACUGGUUUGUAUAAUCGCCUCUCUAGCUCCUCCGCCCCCAUUCUUCUACCUUCUGUUUUGCUGGGCUCAUCCCGAGCCAUCUCGCCAGAGCUGAUCUUCCGGGCGGUGGGGACAUGUAGCACUGAAUACGACUGCUUCGGCUUAGCGACGGUGCCGCCGAUCCCUUUCCUCGCUAGGGCGUCUGUUUGCCGGGUGUGCCAUCUCGGUCUUGCAGAGCUCUCCAAAUCAGGACUUCCCUGGGUCAAUUUCGGGUAUGGCCUCCGCGUUCGAGGAACGUGAGCGCACAAUGAUAGCAUGCUGCUUUCGCUCCCGCUUCUGCACUUUUUCCGAACGGUGCACGCCGUCUCCGUCUCUGCCCGCACGCGCUACUCCACUCAGGCCACGGUCCUGCAGCUCGCGCACACUCGACGCCGGAUCUGCGCAGCGAUGUCAAUCAAGUCUCUGCUCCCUCAUCCUUGGUUACUGUAGCAGGAUUGUCGUCAGUUCUUCCUUUUCUUCAGCGCGGAAGUAUUUGGCUUCUCAUCGUAGCACGAAAUGGACUGUCUUUCUACCACACUCUGCACCUGGAGAGGACGAACGAAGGGCUCUAUCUCCCGGCCUCCCUUCAACGGGGCAGGAAUUUGAAAGCUUGACGCUCAGUUUAGAUCGUUCGUGUCUGCAGCCGAUUCCUGCUUUGCGCGAUUACAUUAUCAUUGAAUAGUCACUGGAGCGUGGGAUUCCAAAUGGAGCUUGGGCCGUGAUGGUGAGCAGGAGAACCCUCCUUGCUGUAUCGGGUUCCACUGGCUUAUCCAAUACUCGAGCAGACAUGUCUGCUAAAAGAUGGUGGCUUGCCGCGCUGCUUUACCAUGCUUCUUCAGCGUUAUACCCGUCAGCUACAUGCGCUGUGUGGAGCGAAUGGCGAGACAGUGCGAAUUGUUCGAACGUUCAUUUCCAAGUUGACAGUGAGGUGACAGUCCUGCUAGUCUCUUUACGCCGGCUCGGUGGGAUUGAGGACCGUCUGCUCCAGUGGCCGCUGCAUCGGCUCAUACAGUUUUCGUUCUUUGAUGCGAGGAGAGAUGUCCGCCAAUGGGCAACGUGCAAAUACGUUAGGUGGUAGUCGGGCAGAUCACGGUACAACCGUUGUUAGGACCCUGCGAGGCUCUAGGCUGUGGAACAGAUCCCGUGGGUGCAAAUGCCGGACCGCACUGAAGAUUGUGGGCAGGCACGAUAGGGCACCCCUAGUCUUUUUCCGCUUCUUAUUUCAGCUCCUUGUCCACACUUUUAUUGCUUUCAUCCCAGGGGUCCCAUCCAAGUGUCUCCUUUCGCGCCAGAACCCCUUUCUUCCGUACUCCUCGUUAUUCUCGCUCAUGGUGCCCUGACACGCGGAUGGAACACAUCUUUGCCCGCUUUCGCAGAGGGAGAGCCAAGAGUGAUUCGGCCGCAGUGCAGUCGGGCUUGCCCCUCAACAAUCUCGCAAGCACCGUGUCGUCGCACUGCCAGCAGAGGGCCGAGCCAUUGUUGGAACGAAGGAUUCAUCCGGAUUUAGAUGCGCUCGUGGCAAGCUGGACACAUUGCGCAGAUUCAGAGGGUGUCCACGAGUCUGGGACUGGUCCGACAGAAGCAACCAGUGCGACAGAGAUAACGACGGCGCUGAGACCGAGUGCGAGACGGCAUUCCAUCAGUGGAACAACUCCUGUGAUACGACGGCCGGAUGCAGACGACGAGCCUGCUGGUCCAUCCAUUAUACCCGUUUCGUUCGCAGGGCGAACCCAGUCCCGCUUGUCGCGCAUUACCAGCCGCACCAGCACAACUACAGAUGACGCACGGUCUCCUUCAGCUGCAGAUUGGUCAACGUUCGGUCGCGAUGGGGGGAGGAGGGUGCUGCGCGUACCAAUGGAGGAGUUCGGGGUGGGGCGUGCGUCUCUUAGUCUUAGCCAGAGCGAAACAUCCAACUCUCAAUGGUUCUCCCAUUCUCGGCCGCAAACACCGGCGACACCUUCGACCGCGUCACAUCAAAGGACAGAAUCGGUGCCGGAGUCCCCACAAUAUCCCUCGUUCCGCUUCACCUUCGGCUCAGAUGAGGAUUCGAAGAGCGCACGGAGCGCGUCCCCGGCGUCGAAUUCACCAAGGGCAGCGAGUGGCUUGGCUUUGCCUGAGCAACCGGGAAGAAUCGAAAGCCGCCCGAGUUCUCCUAGCUCACAGGCCGUUCUUGACAAGAGUGUCUGGCUCCAACGGCGCGUCCAGAGAAGGAACAGCAAGGAUCGAGCAAGUGUGCAAGACAUAUUCGAUUUUCCCGCCUCGUCGCGGAGGCCAGGGCAAUUCAGAAGACACAGCCAUGAUUCGCAUCCCAGCCCAUUGCGCGCCGCGUUGAAGAGAACAGAGGAGUUGUAUCUGGGGUUGGAGAAUCUUGCUGAUGACAGUGUUUCGGAAGGCGGUAAUAAACGUGACAGUGAAGCGGUCACUAAUCUUGAUCAUGAUUUUGAUGCACGCGAUAACCUCGUGGACCCUUCUUCCUCCCUCUCGCCGCGCAUUUUCACUGAGUCUUCCCACUCAUCCUUACCUACCCCACACUCCCUUGAACCCUCGACAUCGGCCAUGGACCCGACUAAAGUCUAUCAUGCUCCCCGCUUUGCUCAGCCGCACAAACACGCCUUGAAGUCCGCCCGAUCCCGCGCAGCAAGCGAGGGAUCGGGAAUCGUUCUCCGGCCUCGCCCUCCUACUCGAUCAAUCUCCGAAGUGGCAGCGACUACCAAGGACAAGCGGAAAGCUCGUAUCUCUGACAGCGAAAACACCCCUCCUCUAUCUAUUGCUGCGACGAACCGCCGGACCCGCGUCACCCCCACUCUCUCACACUCACGCUCCGCAUCAUCAUCCCAAGCUCCUUCAUCCUACACCCCCCAGCAGCAGCGCACCACUAGACUCCGCCCUGCCUCCGACUCCCCGCCCUCUCCGCUGUCCACCACAAGCGACUCCGCCACACCAGAAUCCACCCCGCCCCGCAGGUCCAAGUCGACCCGCAGCUCGCCCGCAUCCGUCAGGCAAACGUCCCGCGCCACAUCCCAUAUGUCGCAGACGUCCCUGCCCAUCUCCGCGCUCGUCUCCCCGCACGCACCGUCGAUCGCGCGCUCCGCGGGGACAAACUACCACAUGCGCGAUCCGCGCAAAGCGCCCCGGGUGCAGCCGACGGGCUGGGCGCCUAUUUGGGGAACGAGCCCCGCGCACGCGUGGCUGUUCUUUCUCGGGUUUGUUGUCUUCCCGCUGUGGUGGAUUGCGGGGCUCCUCGUUCCCGUGCCGAGGACACGCAAGCUGGAUGUCGAGGAGAAGGCCGGGCGCGCGGUCGUCCUGGACGAUCCUCAGAUAGAAUCCGAUGCCCUUUCGUGGCGGAAGCGGUGUCGGAUCAUGGCAGGAGUGUCCUUGGUCACUUACAUCCCGUUCAUCGUUCUCCUCGUCGUUUUCUUGACCCGGUCGUAGGACCGCCAUCCCUGUCCUUUCCUGAUAUCCACAGCCCCAACUCUACGGGCGACGCGAAUUGUUGUUGUACUUGGCUGUAAAUGUCCCCGCCGUCCUCUACGUCGAUGGGAUCUGUACUAUCUGAUUCCACGGCACUGGUGCACGCAUUCGUGGUCGUCUGACGCAUACUUCACAUUGUACCAUUAGUAACUAGUCAGAAAUAUGUAUAAGUUAAAUGGAAGAUCUCCGGUAAACGCAUCGUCUUGUUU